AACCCUCUCUCCUUGAGCCACUUCACUUCCCCUCAACACAAACAAGAAAUUAAAGCAUACAACUCCCAAAACCCACCUCCCAUUUUUGCACUUUGCAUUAGUAUUCCACAAUGGCACGACCACAACAACGUUAUCGCGGCGUCCGACAAAGGCAUUGGGGUUCCUGGGUGUCUGAAAUCCGUCACCCGUUAUUGAAAACGAGAAUUUGGCUAGGGACAUUUGAGACAGCAGAGGAUGCUGCAAGAGCCUACGACGAAGCAGCAAGGCUAAUGUGUGGUCCAAGGGCAAGAACCAACUUCCCCUACAACCCAAACAUGCCGCAGACAUCCUCGUCCAAGCUACUCUCGGCAACCUUAACAGCCAAAUUGCACAGAUGCUAUAUGGCCUCUCUCCAAAUGGCCAAAACAUCAUCACCUCAAAUCCAACACCACCCUCAACGAAUGGCGGCGCCGCCGGUUUCACACAACCCCCCUAUCCCCGCCGCCAUUGCCGCAAAUUUGGCCGUCUGGUCGCCCCCGGACAAGCAGCAGCCACCGCAGACGGCGGCGGCCGCCGCCGUGGGCGGAGGAAUUGGAAACACAACAACGCAAUUCAUAAAGCCUCUUGAAGAUGACCACAUUGAACAGAUGAUUGAGGAGCUUCUUGAUUAUGGGUCCAUUGAGCUUUGCUCUGUCAUUCCAUCAUCACAGCCCAUGAUUUAAUCAUUCUUCUCCCACCCACCCACCCACCCACAUUUUGCUAAUCUUAACCCAUUCUUCUUCUGAGACUCCAUAGCCAAUUUCUAUCAGUUCUCUGAAAUCUGCAGAUUACAACCUGCAAUUCAUAAUCUGAUACUUGAGAAUUAAUUAUCUUGGGAGACUUGUAGUCUGCGGUCGUAUUAUUAGUAUUACCAGGUUACAUUUCCUCUGUUUUCACCCCACUAAUUGGGUGAUCAUUAUGUAUGUAUAUAAAUAUUAUAUAUAU